ACAAAACACACUGUCAAGAUGAUCGUGGUAUGGAUUACAGCGAUUUUUCUUCAUCAAGGAUAUUCUCUGGUUCCAAUGGAAACAGUUCAGCUUGGUGAAUCAGCGACCUUAACAUGUGCUUUACCCAAGGGGCUCCAGAGUGGAGAAGUCCACUGGUAUAAGCAGAGUGUCGGGGAUACUCUUAAACUCAUCAUGACACUGUUUAAAUCUGCCGCACCUCAGUAUGGUCCUGAAUUUUCAAAAUCAAAAUUUAAAGUACAUAAUGAUAAUAAUUUUAGCAAUCUGACCAUUUUGAAAACAGUCCAAGAAGAUGAGGGACUCUAUCACUGUGCACUCACAGAAUGGAUCAGAACUAACUGGAGCUGGACAUAUUUGCUCGUUAAAGGAAACACUCAAAGAACAUCAAGCUAUACAGUUGUUCAGUGGCCAGUGGUAUCAGAUCCAGUCAGUCCAGGAGACUCAGUGAUGCUUGAGUGUUCAGUCCUCUCUGAUUCUGACAAGAAGACGUGUUCAGGCGAGCAUAAUGUCAUGUGGUUCAAAGACGGGUCAUCUUAUCCAAGCAUCAUCUACACUGAUAGAAAUAAACAUAAUGAAUGUGAGACAAGAUCUGAGACUCAGAAGAGAUGUAUUUAUCGCUUCUCUAAGAACGUCAGCUCCUCUGAUGCUGGGACUUACUACUGUGCUGUGGCCGCAUGUGGGGAGAUAUUAUUUGGAAGUGGAACUGCACUGAAUAUUCAAGGAGACUGCAUGUGGUCACAGAGUGCCAGGAUGGUUAUUUUUCUGCUGUGUGUUGUUUUGGCUCUUUGCCUGAUUGUUAUUGCCAUCCUCAUUUGCACGUCAAAACAAAACAGCACAGAUAAUUGUGAAGUUGCUGUUCUGCAGAAAAACUUUAAUGAUCAGAAAAAACAACAGAAUAAGGACACAUGGAUGUUUUCUGCUGUUGUCUUUACCACGAUGAAAGCUGACAGAGGGGCAUUAAAGGAUGCAAAAACAGUGGCGAAGCAGCGGAUCGACACAGCAUGCAAAGUUUUUGGGCUGGAUUAG